AUGUUAUUAGCAUCUUCUCUUAAUAGUGACUGGAAGCCUAUAGGUGAUGCCAGUGAAAACCAUUAUUUUACACAACUUAUCAGCUCCUCACGUGUCGGCAAAUCAUCCAUUGUGGCCAGAUUUUUAGGCAAUCGGUAUGAAGAGGCAUACACACCCACCAUUGAGGAUUUUCACCGAAAAUUGUAUCGCAUACGUAAUGAAGUGUAUCAAUUGGAUAUAUUGGAUACAUCCGGUUAUCAUCCGUUUCCGGCUAUGCGACGUUUAUCAUUUAUGACUGGUGAUCUUUUCAUACUAGUCUUCAGUAUGGACUCACGAGAAUCAUUUGAAGAAGUUGUACGUUUGCGUGAAAAUAUUUUAGAAACAAAAUGGGCUGCCCUUAAUCCAGGCUCGGGUUUGAAGAAGAAAAGUCUACCAAAGAUACCAAUGAUUUUAGCUGGCAAUAAAUGCGAUCGUGAUAUUAAAACCGUACACCUAGACGAGGUUAUGGGCUAUAUAGCGGGACAAGACAAUUGUUGUGUAUUUGUCGAAUGUUCAGCACGUCAAAAUUUUCGUAUCGAUGAUUUAUUUUAUGCACUUUUCAUGGUAUCGAAUUUACCAUUGGAAAUGGCACCAAAUCAUCAUAGACGUGUUAUAUCUGUUUUCGGUGCACCCUCUCCACUACCACCACAUUCAUCAGCUGGUGGAUCUAAAAAAAAUGCACUCUCUAUUAAAAGACGUUUUAGCGAUGCUUGUGGUGUUGUGACGCCAAAUGCACGUAGGCCCAGUAUACGCACAGAUCUAAAUUUGAUGCGAUCGAAGACAAUGGCUAUGAACGAAGGUGAAGGUGCGGGCGCUACGCGGCGUAAACUCUGUGUGAUCAUGUAAAACAAAAUUAAUAUAUAAAAAAAUGUAUUAUCGAAUAAUUAAUAUAUGUGGCGUAUGUGUAGUAAAUAUAAGCAAAGGCGGCAUGUGAU